AUGGCCGGGAAUCUGGCAGAACGCGACAUCGAGCUCAACAUCCUGAACUUCAAGGAGGAUUACAGCCUCGCCAACGGCGAGUCUUACCUGACCCGGGAGCCCACCUACGAGAUGCCCCGCAGGUCCUCGAGGGCCGGCCCCGGCACCUGGCGCCGAUGGGUCGACUCGUUCCGCCGGGAUCCUCAUAGUAGGAUGACCCCAAAGAACGCCUUCACUGCCAACCCGGGCUGGCCCGGCGUGGGCCCGCCCGCCGGCCCAGACGAUGAAGAUGACGACGACAACGUCCAAAAUCCCGGCCGCAGCUACUAUGACGUUCGCGCGGCUAACUACCGCACGGCGCACUCGCUGCUCGCCAGGGAGCUGAAGGGGAGGCAUCUUCAGAUGAUUGCCAUCGGUGGUUCCAUCGGAACCGGGCUGUUCAUAUCGUCUGGGUCCGCUCUGAAUACUGGGGGUCCCGCAUCAGUACUACUCGCAUAUAUGAUCAUCGGGUUGAUGCUGUACUGCGUGAUGCAGGCGCUGGGCGAGCUUGCUGUCGUCUUCCCCAUCGCUGGGUCGUUUUCUGCCUACUCGACCCGGUUUUUGGACCCAGCAUGGGGCUUCGCCAUGGGAUGGAACUAUGCCCUCCAAUGGUUAAUAGUGCUGCCAUUGGAAAUAAUAGCGGCAUCCAUUACGAUAUCGUAUUGGAACGCUGGGAUCAACAAGGCCGUUUUCGUGACGGUCUUCCUAGCGGUCAUCAUAAGCAUCAACCUAUGCGGCGUCAAAGGCUAUGGUGAAGCUGAGUUCAUCUUCGCCAUAGUCAAGGUGACGGCCGUCAUAGGAUUCAUACUACUUGGAGUUGUCAUCAACAUUGGUGGCACCCAAGAUGGAGGCUACAUCGGUGGCACCUACUGGCAGAACCCAGGCUCAUUCAACAACGGCUUCAAAGGGCUCUGUAGCGUCUUUGUUACCGCCGCUUUUGCUUUCGCCGGCACCGAGAUGGUCGGCCUCGCAGCCGCGGAGACGGCUAAUCCGCGCAAGUCGCUGCCCACGGCCAUCAAGCAGGUGUUUUGGCGCAUCAGCCUCUUCUACAUCCUGGCGCUGACGCUCGUCGGGCUGUUGGUCCCCUACGAUGACGAGAGGCUCCUGGGCGCCAAAUCCGUGGCCGACACGAGCGCUAGUCCCUUCGUGAUCGCCAUCCAAGACGCGGGUAUCCAGGUGCUCCCUAGCGUGAUGAACGUGGUGAUCCUCGUGGCUGUGAUGAGCGUGGGAAACUCGUCUGUGUUCGGGUCAAGCCGCACGCUGGCGGCACUGGCGGACCAGGGCCAGGCGCCAGCGUGGCUGUCGUACAUUGACCGGCGAGGGCGGCCGCUGAUGGCCAUCCUGUGCGCGUCGAUCUUCGGCUUCCUCGCGUACCUGGCCGACAUCCCGCAGCAAGGCGAGGUGCUCAACUGGCUGCUCGCCAUCUCGGCGCUGUCUUCCAUCUUCACAUGGGCGUCCAUCUGCCUGGCGCACAUCCGCUUCCGCACGGCGUGGCGCGCCCACGGCCGCUCGCUCGACGAGCUCGCCUUCCGCGCCCAGGCCGGCGUCUUCGGGUCCUGGGUCGGCCUCAUCCUGAAUAUCCUCAUCCUCGCUGCCCAGUUCUGGACCGGCGCCUGGCCCGUUAACUACGGCGAGUACAGCGUCCAGGCAAACGUGCAGACAUUCUUCCUCAACUACACCGCCGCACCCGUCGUCAUCAUCAUGUACGUCGGCUACAAGCUGUGGUUCCGCACGCGCAUCGUGCGCAACGACGAGAUGGACAUCGACACCGGCCGACGCGACUUCAACCUGUCGAUACUGCUGGCGCAGGAGAUGGAGGAGAAGCGCAGCUGGCCAAAAUGGAAGAAGUGGUAUAAAUUCUUUUGCUAA